UUGUCCCAUGACCAUACGUGGCGUGUGCUCACGUGACUAAAUGGUUUGUGAGCGCGCGAAAUUCGUGUUCGGCAAGAAUAGAUGGCGGUACUUGCGACCACGUGAGAACACGAACACUUUUGAUCUUUUUCUGGCAACGAUGACUGCGUUUGUAGAGGGAUGGGACUUUUUAGAGACCCUUGGUGAAGGUGCUUAUGGCGAAGUGAAGCUAGCAGUGAACAGAGAAACGCAACAGGCGAUUGCUGUAAAGAUCAUUGAUCUAGAAAAAGCUGCUGAUUGCUAUGAAAACGUCAGAAAGGAGAUUUGCAUUCAUCGAAUGCUUCAAGAUGUCCACGUUAUUCGAUUUUAUGGACAGAGAACUGAAGGAAAGAAACAGUAUCUGUUUCUAGAGUGCGCUGCUGGUGGAGAAUUGUUUGAUAGAAUAGAACCCGAUGUUGGAAUGCCGCAGCACCAGGCACAGCGUUACUUCAGGCAACUUAUAGAUGGAGUGGAGUACCUUCACAGACAAGGUGUGACCCACAGAGACAUUAAACCUGAGAACCUUCUCUUGGAUUCUGAUGAUAAUUUAAAGAUCACUGAUUUUGGCUUUUCAACUGUAUUCCGCCACAAAGGCAAGGAACGCCCUCUGGGAAAAUGUUGUGGAACCCCUCCAUAUGUUGCACCAGAGGUUCUAUCCAAAGGUGAAUACAGAGCGGAGCCUGCAGACAUAUGGUCCUGUGGUAUUGUCCUAGUUGCAAUGUUGGCAGGAGAACUUCCGUGGGAUGAACCAACAAAGACAAACAAAGAGUACCUUGAUUGGCUCAAUAACAAAGUGAACAGGACACCAUGGAUCAAGAUGGACUCUCAAUCAUUAGACUUUAUGAAGAAACUUCUCGUUGAAAAUGCUAAACGGAGGCUCACAAUACAACAAAUAAAGAAAGAAAAAUGGUUUUGCAGAACAUUAUCAUCAAGAAGUCAAAGAGAUGGGUGUUCACCAGGAGACACACCCUCUGGAACAGCGCCAUUUAAGAGAAGAUGCACCGAGGCAGAUGUCCUUUCCCCAGUACAACCUAGAAGAAACCGGGAUCACAUUUCCGCAUCUCAGCCAGAACCUCGGCGGCUGGACAGUGGAAUUGACAGUGGUGCUUUGGAGGGUGUGGAUGAUGAAGGAACAGUGAAUGGGUUAUGUUUCUCGCAGCCUGUCCACCCUGAUCACAUGCUACUAAGCACACAGAUGCAGUCUACACCUGGUGCAUCACAGAAUCCAUUCCAUAGACUAGUCAAGCGAAUGACACGCUUUCACACAAAGAAAAGAGCAGACAAGACACUGUACAAGUUGAAAGCAGUCUUGGACACCCUUAAAUAUAAUUUCACAGUAAACUCCCCUCGCCAAGUCACAAUAUUCACCAUGGACAGGCGGCGUAAUAAACUGAGUAUUAAAGUGAACCUUAUUGACAUGAGUCCUCUCAUGGUGGACUUCAGAUUAUCCAAGGGCGAUGGGCUUGAUUUCAAACGUCACUUCCUAAAGAUAAAGGCCCAACUCAAGGACAUCAUAGACAGAUAGUAUCUUUUUGCAGUUACCAUGGUUACCACACAAGGUACUGGUGUGUUCAAAGACUGUCUAGUGUCGCAGCAAACCGAACAAUUUAUGUAAGCAAAGAAGUAUUAAUUAAUAACCAACCAUGUUUUGUUAGUACAGUAUAUAUACAAAUACAAAUUUUAAAGUUAAAGUAAUUUAAGAACUCAAGGCAAAAAAGUUAAAAAAAUAUGGAUGCCUUACUGUUGCUGUUAAAGAUGAAAAUUGUUUGUAAGUUCUAAACCAUAAUUUGUAUAAAACAAUGUAGUACACAGCAUGCACUGUGAAACUAGUCGAUGUUGGGCACUAUAGUUGUAUGUAGUAGCUAACUCAUCUGUUAGUGUAUAAAAUGCAGUAGAACUGAAGGGUACACAAGAUGGCCUUUCAUUCUUGUUCGUCUUCCUUCCCCUGGUCUUCUGGCUGAGUUACAAUAGCAGAACAGACACCCUUCAUCUUGCCUGCAAGCAGGCUCUUUGUGGGGCAAGGGUGAAGAGCCUGCUUGUAGGCUACCCUUCGUCGUAUACAGGGCUGUUAUUAUGGGCCAUAUGCUUGAUGAUCCCUUGAAGCUACAGGUAAACUUGCCUGUGUUGAAUAAAAUUCACCCAGGAAGCACCAAGUUUGUUACAGCUGAGAAGACCAAGACAAUGGGUGACUCACAACUUAAUGAC